CAUGGGCAGCAGGGAUUCCAUACAUAGUGAGGAGCCUGCUGUGAGGUCUGGACGAAAUGGCAAGCCUUCUGCGUAUUGGUAUUACUGGGUGCUCAGCUCCUGUUUUUGGCAGUGUGUUACCACCUAAGGUGCAUUCUGCAAAGAUGCCGUGUUUGCGAAUGUUUAGAACCCACCAGAUGCUCAUGUCUCAGGCAGCUCCAAAGCCAGGAAUUCCUUAUAAACAGCUGACUGUAGGUGUCCCCAAGGAGAUAUUUGAGAAUGAGAAAAGAGUGGCUCUAUCACCGGCUGGAGUUCAAGCCUUGGUUAAACAAGGCUUCAAUGUAGUGGUGGAAUCUGGUGCUGGAGAAGCUUCCAAAUUUUCUGAUGACCAUUACAGAGAAGUUGGAGCAAAGAUCCAGGGGACCAAGGAAGUCCUGGCUUCUGAUUUGAUUGUCAAAGUGAGGGCUCCUAUAUACAACUCGUCUCUAGGUGUACAUGAGGCAGAUCUUUUUAAGACAGCGGCUACCCUGAUUAGUUUUAUCUACCCAGCACAAAAUCCAGACCUCCUGAAAAAACUUUCAGAAAAAAAAACUACUGUCUUGGCUAUGGAUCAGGUUCCGCGGGUCACCAUUGCUCAGGGAUAUGAUGCACUUAGCUCCAUGGCCAACAUUGCUGGUUACAAGGCUGUCGUACUAGCAGCAAAUCACUUUGGUCGAUUUUUCACGGGUCAGAUCACAGCUGCUGGUAAAGUUCCUCCUGCAAAGGUCUUGAUCAUCGGAGGAGGAGUUGCUGGCCUGGCUUCUGCAGGAGCAGCUAAAUCAAUGGGUGCAGUGGUUCGUGGGUUUGAUACUAG